AUGUCAAAAUCACCUGAUAGCGAAAAGCAGCCUAAAAAACGUAUAGCUAUGGAGACUCCGAGAUCAACACAACCUCAAGUUGUCGAGAAAGAAGAAGCUUAUAAAAACGAGAAAGAAAAGGCCUACAAAAACAGUGAAGAAAACGGCUGGAAAACUGUGAAGCAUCGGAAGGAGAAAAGGAAGAAAGAAAAAACCAAAACGAAGAUAAGGUUUGACCAAGGAGAAGCAUUGACAAUAAAGGCAAAUACUGAUGCUACUUACGCUGAUGUGCUGAAAGAAAUGAAGAAGAAUAUUGACCCCAGUAAAAUCGGUGUAGAUAUAAAAACAAUGAGAAGAACAAUAAAUGGCGAUAUCCUAAUUAAAUUCAACAAAGGCGAGGGACAGGCAGAAAAAUUAACGCGUGCUAUUGGAAACACAUUGGGAAACAAUGUCACAAUUAAAACGGUUAAAAAGAACUGCAUAGUCGACAUAAGAGACAUGGACGAAUCAACAGAGCAGGAGGAUAUUAUAAGUGCACUCAAAACUGUGACAGACAUGGUGCUCACUGAUAUUAAAAUCCUCAAUGUUAGAGAAUCCUUCGGAAAGACCAAGCAAGCCUUGGUUCAAAUCCAGGAGGAUGCUGCCGCUAUCCUUUUAAGAAACAACAAAAUUCGAAUAGGAUGGGUGAUGUGCAGAGUGAGAAAAAAGGAUAAAGCUAUACAAUGCUUCAAAUGCCUAGAUCAAGGUCAUAUGGCAAAGUCUUGCAAUGGUGUAGAUAGAACAAAUAUCUGCAGAAAAUGCUGCAAUUCCGGUCACAAAUUUAAAGACUGUAAAGAAGAAAUGAGGUGCAUCAUAUGCCAAGAAGAGGGUUUAAAGAAUACAAAACACUACAUAGGCAGUAUGUUCUGCAUAAACAAUAGAAGAGAAAACCAACGAAAUGACUAG